GAAAAACCCCAUCCACAAGAGGUGUUGAGGAGACUCACUCCACUGAAGGGGAAGAGCCUUCCCAAACAACAACAGUUUCUCCAUUUGAUCAACGUCUCCAUCCAGUACGACCAGCGAGGAUGCAGGGCUGCACAGUACAGAGUAUACGGCUACUCCCUCCUCAGCAUUUACGACGACGAGCGGAACAUCAAGUACUGCGCCAGCGGAGACCUCGGGAACCACCUCCAGCACACCAUCAUUCGUGUUCCAGACCACCGGAGUUCCUUUGGUCCUACCCAACCUACUGUCACUGUAACUCCAAAAGAAGAUCAUACUAAUACUACCAUAACUGCUGCAACUACAACGUCCGCAGCACCGACGUCUCCAAAGUCCAGCACUGCGUCAACCACUGUCUCAUCCACGAGUAAGCCCGAAUCAACACCAAUUGCCCACGAAUUCGUUACUACUGAGCCGUUAUCCGAGCCCCCAGUUCAGUUCACUGGAACCACCAAUGAAGUCGAGACGUCCUCGAAACCUUCUACAGCCAAACUGUCACCUGAAAUGGCAACUGAAUUCACCGGACCUGGUGAUGAAAUCGACACUUUCUCGACGUCGUCGGGUACAUUGCCACCGGUGACCCAGCCUUUUGAAACAUCCCUCGAAGUUGGGCCUGGAGAAGAAGUUGAAAGAACGAAAAGGCCCGAGGAUGGCCAACAGUCGACCUUGUCCGAAUCAUCCGUUCCAACAUCAACCGACGUUAGCGAGACAGGCAAAAGAACCGAUGAACAAGUUGGUGUGACAACAAAAGCGACAUCGAGCAGUCGGCAACCUGCUGUAACGGAGUCACCUUCUGAACGACCUGUUCAGUUAACAGGAUUCGGUGAUGAAACCGAAGUAACUCCAAAUCCAUCCACGCCUACUACUGCGGCGUCAACUACUAGAACAUCAGUUAGGAUCGUUGGACCUACUGAUGAACCAGGAGUAACUUCAAGACGAACAACUAGCCCUCCAGUGGUUAUUGAUGAAAUAAUGAAACCUGAUCAUGUGCACCCAGCAGAUGAAUCAGUACAUAAAACCUCAAGGAAACCUACUACUCCUGGAUCUGCUUCCAGUCCGCAUGAAGGGCCU